AUGGCCGACAAUGAAAAGGGUCAGGCCGAGUCUGUGGCCAAAGCCAGACCCGGAUCCAUUGACCAGGCUGAGUAUGCGGAAUAUAAUCCCGACAUCGCCCUUGUCGAAGCAGCAGCAGCCGCCAGCGAGGUAGAAACUAAGCUCCCUCGCAAGGAACUUCUUAGACGGUACUGGCCCGCUGCUACCUAUAGCAUGCUUCUUAGCUUGGCCUUGGUUAUGGAAGGAAUGGAUGUCGGUCUAAUCAAUAAUUUCUUUGGACAAAAGGCCUACCUCAACAGGUUCGGAUGGCCCGAUGCAAACGGCAAGCAACACAUACCCAGUUCGUGGCAAGCGGCCAUUGGCAACGGAAACAAUCUGGGCAGUAUCAUCGGCCUCCUGUUGAACGGCUGGCUGCAGUCUCGCUACGGGAGUCGCAAAGUCUACAUGGGCUCCAUGGCUUUGAUGGGGGCCACAAUUUUCACCCUGUUCUUCGCCGUCAACGUCCAGAUGCUGUUCGCGGCCAACAUCUUGUGUGGCAUUCCCUGGGGUAUCUUUCAAACCCUCACCACCGCCUACGCCGCCGAGAUCUGUCCCACAGCUAUGCGAGGUUACCUCACAUCCUGGGUGUCUAUGUGCUGGGGCUGUGGUUCGUUCCUGGCUGCCGGAGUGUUGCGUGGCUCCUUGGGCCUCCGAGGUGACCUGGCAUGGCGGAUUCCUUAUGCCCUACAAUGGGUCUGGGUUGUACCUCUGUUCAUCGUCGGCUUCGUCGCGCCUGAGAGUCCCUGGUACCUGGUUCGCCGCGGCCGCAUCGAAGAUGCCCAGAAGGCUCUACGCCGACUCGCGCGCAAGGACCACUACACCGAGCAGUCCAUGGCCGAGACAAUCGCUUUGAUGAUCCACACUAACGAGAUGGAGAAGAUCGAGGCAGCGGGCGCGACCUAUCGCGACUGUUUCCGCGGCACUAAUUUGCGGCGAACCGGUGUCGUCUGCAUGGCCUGGAUCAUCCAGAUCCUCAAUGGCCAGGCUAUCUGCGCGUACGCCACUAUAUUCCUACAGUCGGCUGGCAUGCCCCAGGUCCAGGCCUUCAACUACAACAUGGGUAUCCAGUCUGUGAAUAUCUUGGGCACUGCGAUCGCCAUUUCGCUGAUGGGCAAGAUUGGGCGCCGCAUUUUCUUCUUCUUUGGGUCCUCGAGCAUCGGCCUUCUGAUGCUGAUCAUCGGAAUCCUUGGUUUCGUACCGGGCGCAGACAACGUCGCCAUAGCUGUCGCGGUGGUCAUGAUCCUUGUAAACCUGAUAUUCAAGCUCUCACUCGGCCCCACGACCUACACUAUCGUGGGCGAGACGCCCUCCAGCCGUGUCAGAGCGCAAACCAUAGUCCUAGGCCGCGCGAUGUACGUCGUCGGCCAGAUCAUCCUGCAGCAGCUCAACCCGCGCAUGCUGAACUCGAGCAGCGACGCGUGGAACUGGGGCGCCAAAGCCGGCAUGUUGUACUUCGGGCUGUGCUGCAUCUGGGCCGUGUGGAUCUUCUUCUGCCUGCCCGAGACGAAGAAUCGCACAUUUGCCGAGCUGGACUACCUGUUCCAGAAGAGGACGCCAGCGCGAAAGUUCUCUACCGCUCCUGUACACUUGUUCGAACUCACCGUGCCGGGUGAGAAGUAG